GUGUUGCAUUUAAACCUGUCCCAUAUGUUUUCGCGUGUCAGUAGCUUACAUCUCCUAAAAUGCAAACUUCUGAUAUAAGAUAAGGAAUUUUAUGACUUUUCUUUUUAACAUCUUGAUAAUUUUCAUAAAUGUCGGACAUCACAGAGGAAUGGCAGGUAGCGCGACGACGAAAAKGUGCACCGAGGAAGUUUAAAACGUCUCAAGUUCCUUCAGCACCAUUCUUCCAGCAGGAGGAGCAUCUGGAUGUCGGGAAACUUAUCAAAAGAAUCAGAGACACAGUGUCUGAAUUAAGAUGCGAGGAUUUUUGGUUACAGUGGAAAAAGCAGCUGCUCCUGGCAGCAUCAGGACCUCCAGAGAACAAUGACACCAGGGAGCGUCUGGAGAAAAACCCAGAAGACACACACUGUCAGCAGCUGGAGUGCGUGUGUUAUGGCCUUGGAUCUUUCUCUUCUUSUGUCUCAGCUCGGUACCAGCUUGCCAUGUUGCUGCUGCUUCUGGAUGCUGUACAGAUCCCAGUGCAGGACUGCUCUGUUUAUGAUCCUGCAUUCUCCUCUGCUGAGAGGGACAUUUUGAAAGAGCUGGGCUUGACUGUACUCACAGAAAAUGAGGAGGGGAAGCGUCAAGCCACGAAGCCCACCCUGUUUUAUCUAAUGCACUGUGGGAAAGCCCUGUACAACAACCUUCUGUGGAAGAACUGGAGCACACAGUGUUUGUCUCUGAUGGUAAUCAUCGGGAACAGCUUCAGCGGCAUGAGGGAGAGGACCAUUGAGAGGGAGCUGAAGCGGGACUACAACUACAUCAGUAAGGCUGUAGGCUUGUGCGAGGAGAGACUGCUGCCGUGUCCUUCCCAUCUGAUAGAUGUCUUCAGCGACACAGCGGUCAUCACUUUUCCCUCUGACACCUUGAACAGACUCCCACAGUCCUUUUGGGCCGAGCAGCUCGAGCCUCAGUACUUACACUGCUCAGAUUUGGAAAUUAUCCUGAAGCAAACAUCUUACUCAGAAAAUCCUGAAACUGAUGAUAGAUAACUGUGGACUUUUUAAAACUAUAUUUUUAAAAAUAUUUUUAAAUAAAUGAACUACCCCAUGAA